AUGUAUAUCAGUCGAAGUACCAAGUCGUUGGAAAGCUCGGAUAUGGCGCAUAUUCCACUGUUUGGUUAUGCCGAGAUCGUUCGUAAGAGCUCAUUUGAGCACAGGUUCAUGGCUCUCAAAGUUUCUACAUCUUUAAGCAGAUUUCCAGAUGCAACCCUCAGAGAAUACAGGGUCUACGAGCACCUUUCAUCUCUCGUUUCAAGUCAUCCAGGCCAGUCUCUGAUACGUGGGCUUUAUGCCACAUUCGAGCUCCACGGUGCCUCUGGCAAACACCAAUGCCUCUUGCAGCCGCCUAUGCAUAUGAGCCUUCUUGAUAUGAUACAGAUGGCCCGCGAGCCUUUUGGUCUACCUCUCCUUAAGAUGACGCUGAAACGACUUUUAACUGCACUUGAUUUCCUCCACACUGAAGCUAAAGUUAUUCAUGGAGAUUUGAAGGCCGACAACCUAAUGCUUACCGUCGAAGACCCGACUAUGUUGGAGAGGUUUGAAAAGGCAGAAAUCAACGAACCCAGCCCUCGUAAGCUGGUCGAUAAAUCAAGAACAGUCUACAAGAGCCGACAUCUUCCAAACCCAAAGGACGACAAAUAUGGCCUUCCAAUCCUUUGUGACUUUGGGGAGGCAAGAAUUGGGGAGACGCAGGAGAGAGGGCCCUUUGUUCAGCCACACAUCUACAGAGCCCCUGAAGUGAUUUUCGAGAUGCCGUGGGGCCCUCCGAUUGAUAUUUGGAAUCUUGGAGGCUUGGUCUGGGAUCUCCUCGAGGGCGAGCAUUUAUUUGGGCGUAUAUUCGACGGCAAAGGCCACCAUGACCCCUUCCAACAUGUUGCCAAAAUGGUGAGCCUAAUUGGGCCUCCUCCGACUGAGUUUGUGCGAAGAAGUGAGACUGCCGAGCAAUGCUUCGCUGCGAAUGGAAAUUGGAUCGCUGAAGAGCAUGCCAAAAUAACAUCAACUUCGUUGGAGGAUAUUGAAAGACGUCUCGUGGGACAAGAGAAGGAACUCUUUUUCAGGUUCAUGCGAGCAAUGCUAAAAUGGCUGCCUGAGGAGCGUAAGACCGCUAAAGAACUCCUUGAGGAUCCCUGGUUGCAGGAAUGA